UCUCCAGGAGCUGCUUCUAUUACAUUAGAACCGCAGAAACAACAAAGGCUGCCCCCUUGGCUAAUUUUUCAGCUGUCGGGAGACCCUUGGCUUUCAGGAAGGAGGAGCUCUGGCAACGCUUGGCAGAUGUAAACUUUUCAAGUUACCCAUCCUUUUGGAGACAGGUAAUAUCAAAGGGCACUAUGGAUUACAAUACAUGAGGAGUGUUUACAGCCUGGAAGAUUAUUUAUGUUUGGUGUUACCUCUAUAGUCACACACAUCAAGCUAGGAGAAAAGGAACAGAAGGAACCCUCUCAUUAUCUUUUGAAAUAUGAAGAUCAGAGGAAAAGUUGGGUUUAAAGUGUGGAGUGAUGGUCCUAGAAGCCUGCUUAUAAAUUAGAAGGCAUCUUGCCUCUGUAAUAACAGAUUCAGGCACAGAGCUGAUUUUCAGACAUAGCGUGGAAAUUUGAGUUAAUCAUUGCUGCUGCAAACUUUGGUCAUAUAUCUACUGCUUUGCUGUCCCAAAAACAUUGUACGUUGUGAGGCAGUGCUUUCAGCAAUUGGUCCUUGCCAUUGAUGGAUUAAUUCAAUAGAGCUGCUUUGGAAGUUGUGGCUGCAUUGCUGCAGAAUGGGAAGUGGUAAAGAUGAUGGACUAUUCAACAGGAUCACAUUCCCAGGACCGGCAUCCCUUGGGAGCAGCCAUGCAAAUCCUCAUGGGUUACCACUCCGAGAGCCAUUUGGAGUUCCUUUCCGCUUCGAUCCAACAUAUUGGGACCACCAAUCCUACAAUGGAUACUCAGGAAAGUUCUCCUAUUUACCUUUCUCUGGGUAUGUUGGAGUCUAUGACUAUUCUUUCGAGCCUGCCUUCAUCCGAAAGAGGAAUGAGAGGGAGAGGCAACGGGUUCGUUGUGUGAAUGAGGGGUAUGCUCGCCUCCGGGGCCAUCUUCCCAAGGAGCUUGCUGACAAGCGUCUCAGCAAAGUAGAGACUCUGAAAGCAGCCAUAACUUACAUCAAGCACCUUCAGAGCUUGUUGGACUAUGAACCUCUGGGGGCAACUGCUAAGGCAGCCCUUCCAGCUUCAGAGGCCUCAGCUGCACCUGGUCUUAGUUUAAGAAAGGAAUGCAACAGUGAUGGAGAAUCUAAAACAUCAUUGGCUUCAUCCCCAUACAGUGAAUUUGAGGAAGUUUGCAGCUAGGAAACAGCAUCUUCAGAGAAGGACACUUCGAGAUCACUUUCUCUCUUUCUUCCUUCUUUUAAAGCAGCACUAUUUCUAAAUUUGCAUGGAUUUUCCCACAGGACAAUAUUAGUCUCCAGCAACGGAUAAAAAAAGGUAUCGGUUGAUUCAAAUGACUGUUUUCAAUGUCAGCCUGGACAAUCUUCAAGUGUGUAAGGGGAAAAUGCUCUACAUUUCCCUUACUUAUGCUAUU